AUCACAUCCCCUGCAGCUCGCACGCCACCGCUCUGAUCCCCUGCACCUGGCGCGCCGCCCUCCCCUUCCUUGCAGCUCACGAGGAGCCCUUCCCCUGCAGACCAUGCCGACCCUCGCCGCACACACCAAGCCAUCGCAGCAAGACGGCAGCAGCGCUCCACGUCUACGGUCUUCUCCCUCGGUUCCCUCCAGACUCGCUACUGCUGAGAUGGCCAGCACGGGAGCCCCGACCCCUGUGCAGGCAUCUGUGUGCUCGAUCGUGAAGGAAGCGCCAGUCCCUGCUGCUGCCUACUCGAAGCCUGUGGAUUACCCUGUAUCAGUUUACCCUCACCCUUCAGGCUCUGCUUCAAGCUUCCGAGAGGAACGGCAUCAAUUGCAGAUGGAUAAUCAAGCUCGAUCAGGCGUAGAGCACAGAUCAUCAGGCCGCUCAGGUAGUUUCUUCCAACACUGAUUCCCCUCUUCUAAGCUGCUGGUACUGAAAAUAGGUCUGCUGCACUAACUGAACUGACGUGUUGCUGCUUCUGAGAAUCUGCUUGUUGGGCAAUUUUUCUUGUACUGAAA